AUGCGCACCUCAAUCUACCUCUCCCGCUUCCUCGCUCUCCUCCUCUGCAUCGUCUCGCCCUUCUAUCUCGCCAUCCGUGGUUCCGCCUCGUUGUCUGACAUCGCACUUCUUCUUUCCUCCCUUUCCGAACGCGCUGAAGCCCUUCAUGUGGCACUCACCUUCCCGCCUGCUGCUCCUCCCGCACCAAUCUCCAAGAAAGCCUUUGAAGCUUUUCGCCCACCCAAAGCGGGGAGACGGAAUAGAAACCCCUCCCUUCCUAAUGGACUGGCGCACUGCAUCAGCUCCUUUGAGCAGUAUCCGUUCCUCGCCGAACAAGUGCUCCAGCGGAAGUAUGCGCGGUACUCCAAGCAGACGCCUGCACAGAAGGCAAUAGGCAACAAGCUCGGCUAUACUGCACACUUUGAGAAAGCCAGGAAGGGUAUUGAAGUAAACACCCGGUUCUCGGAACAGAUCGCGCAGAUUGCAAGAGAGGAUUACCACACGGGCUCGCAAGUGCUGGAGGACAGUGAUGAUGCCGAUUUUGCCGUUGUGGACCUAGCGUUUGGACAUAUUUCGCGAGACUGGAGCACGCAGGGCACAAAGGAGAGGCAGGCCGUGUUUCCGCCUAUUCUAAAUAUGCUUGAGCAGCAUUUUGGUGCGGACGGGAGAGGCGUUAAGGUGCUUGUCCCGGGAAGUGGUAUGGGCAGGCUGGCCAGCGAUAUCGCUGAUCUCGGGUACGAAGUCACGGCCAACGAGGUGGAUUACGGCUCCAUCCUGGCCUACCAUCUAUUAAUCAACCACACGAGCUCGCUGCACGAGCACAUCCUACAGCCCUUUGUGACCAAAUGGACGUAUCAGGCCAACCCCUCCUCGCGCUACUCCACCCUCACGGUGCCGGAUCACUGGCCAAACAAGGCAGUCAAGCUCGUCGAGGGCGAUUUCUUGAAGAUGUUCCCUCGGGACGGUGAGUUUGACGCCGUCGUCACCCUGUUCUUCAUCGACAUGUCCGAGAACGUGAUUGACUUCCUGAGCAACAUACAUCGGCUGCUGAAGCCUGGCGGGGUGUGGAUCAAUCUUGGGCCACUGAAAUGGGGUACCCAUACCGCUCUCCAGCUCUCCGUGGAGGAAGUGCUCCAGCUGGCAGAUCUGCUUGGAUUCAAUGUGGACCAUACGUCAAGAAAGGAAAUCGACAGUCUGUAUGCCGAGCAGCCGGAGACGUUGCUGAAGUUCACUUACGUUACGCAGCUCUGGUCCGCGACGAAGAGGGAGUAA